GGCUCCUUGUUCAGUCUUUGCCUUCUCACUCUGAGCUUCGGUUUUCUAACAGAUCUGACCAUGCCAUUUCCUGUUUUGCGCCCCUUUUCCCCUUCUUCUGUUAAUUCGGUUCACGCGUUCAUCAUCGGUAACCGUUGUGAGAGAGUGUAUGAGAACAGUGGUGGCUUCCUCGUGUAUGACUCCGUUGCGAGUGGUGGAACUCGAAGUUGCAGGAAACUGUGUUCUUGAGGAGGCGGAGCUUGGUAUGAAAACAAGAGAGUUACUUAGUUAGGGGAAUUAGGGGAUGAUACCCCAGAGGAUACUUCUUUUCGCUGCUGGUGCUCUGCAUUGCUUCGGAAGUUGGAAUUAUUUGGUGCCAUUGGCGAGUGGAUACCGAGGCAUGUGGUUUUAUACUUGAACUUGGCGUCCCAGCUGCUAACGGACAGGUCGGUGCAGAUGUCCCAUGUGGGUCUCGCGAAGACAGAUUCAUUGUGAGGGAAUGGGUUUGUGACUCCUCGUGCAUUGAUCUUUGAGCUUUUGAGAUAACUUAGGAGUGUUUUUUUUUUUUUUUUUUUUUUUUUUUUUUCUUCCGUGCUCAGCCUUACUACUUGGAGCUCUUGGCCAACCUGGUUCUACAUCAGCGAAGACGUGAGUUUGAAGUCGAGGAAAGGGUUUCGUCUACAGUUUAGGUACCAUCAAAUGCAUCUGUGUAGCCCUGGCGGAUCUCUGUAGGAGUAGUUGAUAGGCUGCGGCUUCUAGUUUCCGCUCUCGUAGUUCCCGGUGAGAUAUAUAGCAAUAUGAUCCAAACAGGAGGACGGGGACAAGUACGGGUUGUUUGGUUAAUGUGAACAAUUCGUCAUUCUGCUUUUGAAGUUUUACAGCCCUGGAAUCCUCGGAGAGUGUGGAGGCAGUGAUGCCCCCCUCGGUCUUUCCAGACGAGGUUCUCGAGCAUGUUUUAGUCUUCCUAGAUUCACACAAGGACAGAAACUCUGUCUCGCUAGUGUGCAAAUCCUGGUACAAGGCUGAGGGAUGGAGCAGGCGGAAAGUCUUCAUAGGGAACUGCUAUGCAGUGUCUUCGGCCACUCUCAUCAGGAGAUUUCCCAAGUUGGUUUCCCUUGAGAUGAAAGGGCGGCCGAGGUUUACCGACUUCGGCCUGGUUCCACAAAAUUGGGGUGGAUUCAUUCAGCCAUGGAUCCAGGUCAUGGCCGAGUACUAUCCUGGGUUGGAAGGGCUUAAAUUGAAGCGUAUGACCGUUUCUGACGAGAGUCUGAGAAUGAUCGCCGUCGCUUUCCCCAAUUUUCGAUCUUUACGUCUCACCAGCUGCGAUGGAUUCAGUACUGACGGGAUCACAGAGAUCACAAAAAACUGCAGAAAUCUCGCGGUCUUGGAUCUCCAAGAGAACUAUAUGGACAUCCGAAAUGGAGACUGGUUGAAGGCUUUUCCUGAGUCUCUGACAUCUCUUGAGAGCCUCAACUUUGCAACUGUGAAAUGCGCGGUUGAUGAAGAAGCUUUUCAAUGUCUGGAAGCUUUGGUGGCUCGCUGCCGAUGUUUGAAGACAUUGAAGGUGAACAAAGAUAUAUCUCUGGGGCAAUUGAGAAGUCUUCUUCUUCGAGCUCCUCAACUUGAAGAGCUGGGCACAGGAAUAUAUAACCAAAAUCUGUCAUGGGGUAAACUCCACGAGCUUCAGGGUUCUCUCAAGAGGUGUAAGAACCUUCGGAGCCUCUCAGGGCUUUGGGAAGUAAUUCCAAUGUGCCUACCUACGAUGUACCCAGUCUGUCUGAAUCUGACCAGCCUAGAUCUUUCCAAUGUUACUCUCAUGACCACGGAUUUCACAAAGUUUAUUAGUUAUUGCACCAAAGUGCGGCGCCUGUUGGUUCAGGACUUCGUGGGUGAUAAAGGACUAGCAGCUGCAGCUUUUAAUUGCAAAGAGUUGCAGGAGCUUCGAGUCUACCCUGUCGGCGUUGACGGUUACGUCACUGAGCAGGGCUUCAUAGCGAUCUCCAAGGGGUGUCCCGAAUUGAGAAAGAUUCUGUAUUUCUGCAAGCAGAUGACCAACGCUGCAAUGGUGAGCUUUGCCCAGAACUGCCCAAAGAUGACCCACUUCCGGUUGUGUAUCAUGAAGUGCUACAUGGAGGAUUGCGAGACCGGGCAGCCCCUGGAUGAAGGAUUUGGAGCAGUUUGCAGGUUGUGUGUAGAUCUUCGGCGUUUGUCCCUCUCUGGGAAGAUGACCGACAAAACCUUCGAGUAUAUUGGGCAGUAUGCAAAGAAGCUGGAAAUGCUGUCCGUGGCAUUCGCCGGGGACAGUGACGAUGGAAUGCAAUAUGUCCUGGAUGGAUGCCCAAGUCUGCGCAAACUGGAGGUUAGAGAUUGUCCUUUCGGUGACGAGGCCCUCUUGACAGGCAUCGAGAAGUACGAGUCCAUGCGUUCGUUGUGGAUGUCGUCGUGCCAUCUCACCCGGGAUGGUUGUCAAUUUUUGGCAUCCCACAAUUCAUCGCUCAACGUCGAAAUUAUCAAGGAUGUGGACAAAGCUCCUCUUGAGCAAGGUCAGUAUGUAGAGAAGUUGUACGUUUACCGCACCAUUGCAGGGCCCCGUGCUGAUGCCCCGCACUUCGUAGAAACCUUGUAGUGAAAUUAUCCUGGAUAUGUUUCCUUCUACUGCUUGCCACUUUCUUCUUCCUCUUUUCCGGUUGUUAAAGACUACUUGUCUGUCAUUUUCUUUCUGCCCUCCCCGCAUUUGCUCCACCUUGCGAGAAGUGUGUAUCAGGAAGAGAGAGCGGUCCCGCGCGUUCGCGUGCGCGAGAGAGAGGGAGAGAGAGAACGAGAGAGAGAGAGAGAGAGAGGCGGGGUUCAAGCGAGAAGACCCCUCGGAGAGGUAGAUGGCCUGGGUGUAGACGGCCUUCGGUUGCGUAACUGGCUUUCUCUGCAGUCAACAAGGGGCCUGGCUGCUACAAGAGGAGGCGUGGAUACUGUACAUAAUAUCUGUUCUAAGUCCCUAGUAGAGAGCUUAGUUCAAAAAUAUUUCUAUAGGAAAAAAAAUCUGCCGAGCUGUUUUUGGGACCAUCUCAUUGAUCUCACAGUGUUGUCCGCAUCUGGACUUCCUCCACCCCAAGGAAUCAGUCCAUUAAUACACAAGUUGUUCAUGGGCUCUCACUGGGCACCUACGCACUUCUUGGUGACCUUACUGGUCCCUGUUUAGUAAAAAAAGAAAAAAAGAAAAAAAGAAAAAAAUCUCUUGCGCA